GGGAGAGGCUCGGUAAGAAUGCCUGUUUUUUGUUAAACUGGCGCAUCUUGUCGCACACGCCCGACGAAGCAGGAGAAAAGAAGUUAAACCGGACAGGGAGAGACGUUCAAUGUUCAUUUACAUCGCGAAGAAUUAAUCAAAAAUGGCAGACCUGUGGGAAGACUUGCAAAGUGUUGCAAAUGCUGCACCUGUUUCAUUCACAUCAGCGCCAGGGGAGCGAGGUACCAUUAAAGCCGCAUCUAACUUCAACGUCAAUGAAGAUGUUGCAGCUCUCCGUAAAGCAAUGGAAGGCAUAGGUACAACUGAGAAGACACUGAUAGACAUACUGACUCACCGGAGCAGCAGUCAGAAGCAGGCUAUUUCAAGGGUGUAUGAAGAAACCACAAAGAGGAUUCUUGUAAAUGACUUGAAAGGUGACACCAGUGGUGACUUUGAAAAGGUGCUUGUUGCGCUCGCCAGACCGCCUGCACUCAACGAUGCUGAAUGGCUAAUCACAGCAAUGAAGGGGGCUGGAACGGACACCAACGUCCUGAUAGAAAUACUUGCCUCACGGACCAAUAAACAAAUCAAGGAGCUGUCUGCAGCUUUUUCUGAUAUAACAAAGAAAACGCUGACACAGAAUCUAAAGUCAGAAGUUUCAGGGCAUUUUGGCAAAGCCAUCAUUAUGCUUGCUGAGGGCGCGAGGGAUGAAAGCACCAAUGUUAACGUGGACAAGGCUAGGGAGGAUGCAAAGGCCCUCUAUCAAGCAGGCGAGAAGAGACUGGGAACUGAUGAGUCCAAGUUCAUUGAGAUCCUCUGUAAAAGGAGCAUCCCUCACCUGAGACAAACAAUACUGGAGUAUAAAAACAUCAGUGGCAAGACCUUGCAGAAGAGCAUUGAGAAGGAAAUGUCAGGAAAACUGGAGGAUCUGCUGGUUGCCAUUGUAAAGUGUGUGAUGAGUACUCCUGCAUACUUUGCUGAAAAACUCCACAAAAGCAUGAAGGGAGUAGGUACAGAUGAAACCACUCUGACCAGAGUAAUGGUCAGCCGUGGAGAGGUUGACAUGCUGGACAUCAGAGCUGAAUUCAAGAAGCUCUACAAGCAUUCACUCUACAAGGAAAUAGGUUCUGACACAUCUGGCAACUACGGGGAUUGCUUGAAGAUGAUUUGUGGAGCAGAAGACUAACCAAGAAAUGCUACUAAAGAUGUCCUGUUUUGUUAUUUUGCAGUGGGUCAAAAGAAUAUUUUUAAAUGUAACAUUUUAAAGCUUUUUCGGGAAAUAUAUACUUUAUGCAGCUGGUUUACUGUCGGUAAAGGUACACAGUAAAAUUCCUAUUGAUUCAUAAUUGGUAUUUAAAACUUCUUUUUUAAAUGACCUAUUAAACUAAAUUACUCAAUGGCAGGAAUAAAAGCUAAUUAACAACUUGAACAUUGCAGUGUUGCAAAAUGCAAUUCUGAUAAAUCGUGAAUUUUUAAAAACAAUAAUGCACUUCAAUUACAUUGUUCAUAUUAAAAAUGUAUUUUAGCAUAUUCCUUUUUUGUCAUUAUGUGAAUCAAUGUUUUUUACAUCAAUAAAUCACAAUAAAGUGACUCUUUCCAUGUC